AUGUCCACGGCAUUCCUAUUUCUGAUCACCAUCUCCCUCCUCCACUCUCCAUGCUACGUUCACGGAGCUAAUAACAUGCCCGCGCCAGCACUUUCCCCGCUGUCGCCUUCUGAAACCCCCACCGACUGCGAAAAGAUUCUGGACGCCACCACAAAACUCAGUAACAACAUAACCUACGACCCUUUAAACUUCACCAAAACCUGGGUAGGUCUAGAUUACUGCGCCUUCAAGGGCUACUACUGCGACAUGAUUCCCGGCGAAGACGGAGUCGGACUCGCCGGCGUCGACUUCAACAAUGCCAAUUUCGGCGGUACCCUAAUCUUCGACAGUUAUAUUCAAAACAUUACACUCGUUUCCAACAUCCGCGUCGGGUCCAACAACUUCUCCGGCGAAAUUUCUUCCCGAAUCUCCCAACUACCUAACCUUUUCGAGCUGGACCUGAGCGACAACAACUUCAGAGGCGAGUUCCCGAGUGCCCUCCUCGACUGCCGCAACCUGACGUACUUGGACCUCCGUUUCAACUAUUACAGUGGGUCCAUCCCGGACGAACUAUUCGACAUGGGCAUCGAAGUCCUCAUCCUCAAUAACAACUUCUUCUCCGGCAGCAUCUCCGACAACCUCGGCAACACGUCGGCGGUGUACCUCAACCUGGCCAGAAACAACAUCACUGGCGCAAUACCCGAAAGCAUCGGGCAGGCUCCGAACCUAGAGGAAGUGCUUUUCCUCGAGAACCAGCUGGAAGGGUGCCUGCCAUACGAGGUGGGGUUUUUGAGCAAUCUGACUGCGUUCGAUGUCGGGUCGAACCGGAUGACGGGUCCGAUACCGCAAUCGUUCGGGUGCUUGGCGAAUAUGAUUCAGCUGGUGCUGGCGAACAAUGAGUUCUACGGGGAGGUGCCGGAGACACUGUGCAUGCUGAGGAGCGUUACUAUGUUGGACUUGUCGGGGAAUUUCUUCACGAAGGUGGGAUCGAUUUGUCGUGCGCUGAUCAAAGCGAAGAAGAUGAACGUGACAGGAAACUGUAUUUCGGAUCUUCCAGGGCAGAGACUGCAAUCAGAUUGCGCCAAUUUCGCCGGCAACCGCAAGUCAUGCCCGUACGAGAGCACGUUUAGCAUUGUCCCCUGUAAUAUUUCUUCGCCGCCAGAAGGUGUUAUGAGCUAUAUUCCUCCGAUGGAAAUUGCCGGAGGACUCCCAAAGCGAACCUAUGCUGCUCUUCAAAGAGACCAGUCCAUAUAUUAA